GCAGCAGAUGCCGGAUUAAGACAAUCCUUAUUUGAGAGGUUCAUCAUGUUGGGACAUGUUCCACUCCGGUUGGAAGUGCAAUAUAGAAUGAACCCAGCUCUUAGCGAGUUCCCAUCCAACAUGUUUUACGAAGGAUCAUUACAAGACGGAGUAACGGUGGAAGACAGACUCAUCAAAAACUCGACGUUCCCAUGGCCGGUGCAGGAUAUUCCAUCAAUGUUUUGGGCUAAUUACGGGAAGGAAGAGAUUAGCGGUAGUGGCUCGUCCUUCUUAAACCGGGUCGAGGCCAUGAGAGUGGAAAAAGUCGUCAACCGGUUGUUUGAAGAUGGGGUUAAGGGUGACCAGAUUGGAAUCAUCACUCCGUAUGAGGGCCAACAAAGUUUUGUGACGCGGUAUUUGGCCACUAAUGCCACGCAGACCCAGUACAAGGAUGAAUACUUGUCGAUAGAAGUGGCCAGUGUCGAUGCGUUCCAGGGCCGGGAAAAAGACUUUAUUAUUCUCAGCUGCGUCAGGGCCAAUGAGGCUCAGGUGAUUGGCUUUUUGAGAGAUCCUCGCAGAUUGAAUGUGGCCUUGACGAGAGCCAAGUACGGAAUGAUAGUUCUCGGUAACCCUCGUACCUUGAGCCGUAACCCCCUUUGGAAUCACCUUUUGGUGCAUUAUCGAGAACGUGGAUGCCUCGUUGAGGGUCUUCUCGAAAAUCUCCAAAUGUGCACCGUGAAACUCGACUUCAAAGCCGGAGCAAACACCCACACCAGCUAUAAGCAGGAUUCACCUACCCCCAGCAAUUUCAGUGCCAAUGAAUUUAAUCUGGAAGCUACCAGUAUGAUCAGCCUGAACUUUUACUCACGACUUAGCCAACUUGACCAGGACUACCUCAAGCAAAAACAACACCAACUGCACGAUAUGAACGAUGACGACAUCAAAAGUAUCACCAGUUCGUUUGCAGCAGGGUUCAAUUUGUAGUGCAACCCACUGGAGAUGAGAUCAUCCGUUUGUCAUUUACGAAAUGCUAGAGCGGCAAGAACAGGCGAGACACACCUGCCGAGACUCGGGGGCCAUGCAGCUCGAUCAGCGGAUGCACCGGCAGAGAAGAUGGCAGCAGAUAUCCUGAGUUGCAAUCUGAACUCUGUCGAACCGGACUCCGAACCAUGUCUGAUUUUAUCAUCUAUAACAAGCUUAUCGCAGCAAUUUGUCGCCCACACGAGACGUAGACUGGAUGACAUCAGUUGACAUCAUCGCACCAAUUGCGGCUGACUGCCAAAUGUGUGGGGGGCGUGGACAUAACCCGAAGAUGAGUGGAAAAUGGCCUGAGGAUGAGGUCAUGUUUUCAGUCAAAUAUAUACAUUUAAUAUCGGAUAUCGGUAUGUAUGAUAAACCUAAAUGCAUGGAUUGUCACCUGC